AACAAGGAUUGUAAAAGAAUCACUGCAACAGCGUCGUAUUAAUGAUAUUUAUCCACACCAGGGCUGAAACGCCUGAGACGCUAUCUGCCCGACCCGACUAGAAUUCUGAAUUCCACAACUGCUUCUCCAGUUAACUACGUUUCCAUCCGGUUCUUCCUCCUCCUCCUCCAUCGCCACCGCGACCCACGAAGAAGCUGAAAUGAGCACAUCAAUCUCUGCAAUAAACACCUCUCUCUUGAAAAUCAACACCACCUUGUUCUCAUUCAACAGAAAACCCUCCACUUCCUUCACCUUCCUUUUCUCUUCGUCCCAUGUAACCAGGAGAAGAAGACCAGUAUCUCACAUCUUUACCUCUAAGAAUCCCUGCCUUACUGUCCGUCCUCAAGCAAGCAUCAUUGCUGAUGCUCAAGUUGAAGGUCAAGUAGAGGUUGAAGUUGCAGAAGGUUAUACCAUGACUGAAUUUUGUGAUAAAAUUAUUGAUUUAUUUUUGAAUGAGAAACCUAGAGUAAAAGACUGGAGAAAGUACUUGGUAUUCAGGGAUGAGUGGAACAAGUAUAGGGACAGCUUUUACAACAGAUGUCGAACACGAGCAGACAAUGAGAGUGAUCCAGUUGUGAAGGAGAGGCUAAUUUCUCUUGAGAGCAAGAUCAAGAAGAUUGAUGAUGAAAUGCAAAGGCACAGUGAGCUCCUUAAGGAAUUACAAGACAGCCCGACUGACGUCAAUGCAAUUGUUGCAAGGCAGCGCAAAGAUUUCACAGGAGAAUUUUUCAGCUACCUCACUCUAAUUUCAGAAACCUAUGACAAUCUGGAGGACCGUGAUGCAGUAGCAAGACUUGCAGCUAGAUGCUUGUCUGCAGUCAGUGCUUUCGAUAACACAUUGGAGACUGUGGAGACAUUAGAUGCUGCCCAGGCCAAAUUUGAUGAUAUCUUAAAUUCCCCUUCAUUGGAUGUGGCCUGUGAAAAGAUUAAAAGCCUUGCCAAGGCAAAGGAACUUGAUUCUUCGUUGAUCCUAUUGAUAAACAGUGCUUGGGCUUCAGCAAAGGCAUCCACAACUAUGAAGAAUGAGGUAAAGGAAAUAAUGUAUAGUUUGUACAAGGCUACAAAGAGCAGCCUUAGGACCAUUGCACCAAAAGAAAUAAAGUUACUCAAGCAUUUGCUGAACAUCACAGAUCCUGAAGAGCGAUUCUCUGCAUUAGCAACUGCUUUCUCCCCAGGUGACGAGCAUGAAACAAAGGAUCCGAGUGCCCUAUACACUACUCCGAAGGAGCUGCACAAGUGGAUCAAGUUAAUGCUUGAUGCUUACCAUAUCAAUAUGGAGGAAACUGACAUCAAGGAAGCCAAGAAGAUGUCUCAGCCUGUGGUUAUGCAAAGACUGUUCAUCCUCAAGGAAACCAUUGAGGAAGAAUACUUGGAAAAAAGCAGCUUCCUAACUCAGCAAACCAAAGAAAUAACUCAAUCUGAGGACAUAUGAAGCUGAACCCAAAAUUUCAGCAGUAUAUACUACGUGUAUCACGGUCAUAUCUUUGCUAGCCAGGGAUAGAUAGAACCAUGUACCAUUGUAAAUUGUAAGUUGUUUCUCCCAUAAUCAAAUGCUUUUCUUUUU